GGUAGUUAGUGCGCCCUCUAUAGGUCGGGGGUACGCAAUACACAGACUAUCAUGGAGGAAGCAGAGAGAACCGGCGGGAAAGAAGGCACGAGUGAGAUAGCUAGUUGCAGCUCGGCGAAUGUAGAGCCGAGUGCUCGGCUCGAUGUUCUUUCUGAAUUUUUCGAUCCUCUUCUUGCUCUUUACGCCCCAGACAUCCAGUUGCCGUACCCAAACGUGAAGUGCUUCAACAACUUGGCACAGUACGAGAGCUUCUUGAAGCGCUCCCGGGAGCCCCCACGGCCAGAGAAUGUAUCCAAACGAAAGGGCAAGGCGAGGAAAGGAGUCCCCGAUCCGGAGCGCAUCGAGAGGCUGAAAAAAUUGAUUGUUAAACCGGCGACGACGGGAGAGGAUGAUGAAGCCGCUAAGAGUGCGCCGAGAAAAAGCAAGGGGCCGCGUAAUGUGCUGACAAGGAUGGCAGUUCAUACUGGAAGCCCCCUUGGAGAGCUGUACCGCUGCGUUAAAGAUCAGAUCAGGAUCAAAGUCCAUAUUCGCACAUUCAAGGGCCUCCGUGGUGUCUGCUCAGGAUUUUUGGUUGCGUUUGACAAGUUCUGGAACAUGGCCCUUGUGGACGUGGAUGAGACCUACAGAAAGCCAGUACUGGGUGAGGCUUUCUACCAUGAGCCUGCUCUGACUGUCACAAGGCUUUUUGACAGACUAAAGCUGCAAGAAGAUGAAGAAGCUCUAAAACUGAGAAGUGUCCCUGAGAAGACUACGGGCAAGGCAGAGAGUGGUGCACAGGAUCUCGGAGAACAGCUGUCCUCUCCAGGACUACGUCGGUCUCCAAGGAAGAGCUGCGGCAGAAAUCCAUCUUCGGUCGUGCAAAGUAAAACCAAGCCUGCCGAAGCGCGAGAGAAGGUGGACUACCAAAGAGUACACUUGAGACAUGUUAACCAGCUCUUCAUUCGAGGGGAAAACGUCCUACUUGUUUGUUUGGCUGGAUGAGAAGCAUUUAGUCAUAAAAACAGCAAGAGCCCCAGUGUCCAUUGCAGAAAUUAUAACAGUGCAGGUUAUGGUGGCGACACACACACAGCCAGUAGGGGUGGUGGGGCUCUCCAAUCAUGAGCCCACCUAAGAGAGAUAGUGGAGAUUCUUUUUUUAUUCGCUUUGAUCUAAAACAGAAUAUUUACGUGGAACAAAUUGUUUUCUGGCAUCUAUGCGUAGGCCAUGGUGCUCUGCUCAUACUCUUGCGUGCAUGCAGUUGUUCGGUGCAGAUCUUUGAUUUUUUUCUGUCAUGAUGGUUCUGAAAAAAGAUAAAAAUUCAUAAGGAUUCUGUUUCCUUGAAUUCACUGCCAUAUGUAGCAGUUUAAAUGUGGACAGGUGUGUAUACAUUUUUGGAUGCAAGUUUAAAUAAAAUAUAACUUUUAUAUAGAA